AUGUCCAUUGGUUUCUUAUGCUGGCAGCGUCAUUCACAAAACAUCCACAUCCGAUAUGGUGUAGUGGCUAACAUCGCCGUCUCUCACACGGCAGCCGGGGGUUCGAUUCCCCCUAUCGGAGUACGAUACGAUAAUAAUACACCGCUCGUGCUGAUCGGGGUUGACUGGUUUUUAGGUUAUCUGGGCUGG